GGCGCGGCGGCUGUGGCGCGCGCGCAGGUGAUUGACUGGUCCUCCGGCUGAGGGAAGCACUCGGUUCUUUCGGCUGGCAGGUGCCGGAGCCCGUUAGGGCGGAGGCGGAGGAGGCGCCGGCGGCCGCCUGCCUCGGCAAGCGCUUUUUCGAUCAAGGCCAUGGCUCCCCGGCUGCAGCUGGAGAAGGCGGCCUGGCGCUGGGCGGAGACGGUGAGGCCCGAGGAGGUGUCGCAGGAGCACAUCGAGACCGCCUACCGCAUCUGGCUGGAGCCCUGUAUCCGAGGCGUGUGCAGAAGAAAUUGCAGAGGAAAUCCGAAUUGCUUAGUUGGGAUUGGCGAGCACAUUUGGUUAGGAGAAAUAGAUGAGAAUAGUUUUCAUAACAUUGAUGAUCCCAACUGUGAAAGGAGGAAAAAGAAUUCGUUUGUGGGCCUGACUAACCUGGGAGCCACCUGUUAUGUCAACACCUUUCUCCAGGUGUGGUUUCUCAACUUGGAGCUUCGACAGGCACUGUACUUAUGCCCAAGCACCCGUAGUGACUACACAAGGGGAGAUGGUGUCCAUGGAGAAAAAGAUUAUGAGCCUCAGACAAUUUGCGAGCAUCUACAGUACUUAUUUGCUCUGCUUCAAAAUAGUAACAGGCGAUACAUUGAUCCUUCAGGAUUUGUAAAAGCCUUGGGCUUGGAUACUGGACAGCAGCAGGAUGCCCAAGAGUUUUCCAAGCUCUUUAUGUCGUUGUUGGAAGACACUUUGUCUAAACAGAAGAACCCAGAUGUGCGGAAUAUUGUGCAGCAGCAGUUCUGUGGGGAGUAUGCCUAUGUGACUGUUUGCAAUCAGUGUGGCCGAGAGUCUAAGCUUCUAUCGAAGUUCUAUGAACUGGAGUUAAACAUCCAAGGCCACAAGCAGUUAACAGAUUGCAUCUCCGAAUUCCUGAAGGAAGAAAAAUUAGAAGGAGACAAUCGAUACUUCUGUGAAAACUGCCAAAGCAAACAGAAUGCUACAAGGAAAAUUCGACUCCUGAGCCUUCCUUGCACUCUGAACUUGCAGCUGAUGCGUUUUGUGUUUGACAGGCAAACUGGACACAAGAAGAAGCUCAAUGCCUAUAUCGGCUUCUCGGAGAGUCUGGAUAUGGAACCUUAUGUGGAGCACAAAGGUGGGUCCUUUGUGUAUGAACUCAGUGCCGUCCUCAUCCACAGAGGAGUGAGUGCUUAUUCUGGCCACUACAUCGCCCAUGUGAAAGAUCCUCAGUCUGGAGAAUGGUAUAAGUUCAAUGACGAAGACAUAGAGAAGAUGGAGGGGAAGAAAUUACAACUAGGGAUUGAGGAAGAUCUAGCAGAGCCUUCUAAAUCCCAGACACGUAAACCCAAGUGUGGCAAAGGAACUCAUUGUUCUCGAAAUGCAUACAUGUUGGUUUAUAGACUGCAAACCCAGGAAAAGAAUCACACAGUGGUUCAAGUCCCAGCCUUUCUUCAAGAGCUGGUGGAUCGGGAUAAUUCCAAGUUUGAGGAGUGGUGUGUUGAAAUGGCUGAGAUGCGCAGGCAGAGUGUGGACAAAGGCAAAGCGAAGCACGAGGAGGUGAAGGAGCUGUACCAAAGGUUGCCUGCUGGAACUGAGGCCUAUGAAUUUGUCUCUCUUGAAUGGCUGCAGAAGUGGUUGGAUGAAUCAACACCCACCAAACCUAUUGAUAAUCAUGCUUGCCUAUGUUCCCAUGACAAGCUUCAUCCAGAUAAAAUAUCAAUUAUGAAGAGAAUAUCGGAAUAUGCGGCUGACAUUUUCUACAGUCGCUAUGGAGGAGGUCCAAGACUAACUGUGAAAGCCCUGUGUAAGGACUGUGUUGUAGAACGUUGUCGUGUACUGCGCCUGAAGAGCCAGUUAAAUGAAGAUUACAAAACUGUCAACAAUUUGCUGAAAACAACAAUGAAGGGCAAUGAUGGAUUUUGGGUGGGAAAGUCUUCCUUGCGCAGCUGGCGCCAGCUGGCUCUUGAACAACUAGAUGAGCAAGAUGGUGAGGCGGAGCAAAGCAACGGGAAGAUGAACGGGAGCCCCUUCAAUAAAGAUGAAUCAAAGGAAGAAAAAAAAGAAGAGGAGGAGGAAUUAAAUUUUAAUGAAGACAUCCUGUGUCCUCAUGGGGGAUUAAGCAUAUCUGAAAAUGAAAGGAGGCUCGUUUCUCAAGAGGCCUGGAGUAAACUGCGCCAGUACUUCCCAAAGGCUCCUGAGUUCCCAAGUUACAAAGAGUGCUGCUCGCAGUGCAAGAUAUUAGAACGAGAAGGGGAAGAAAAUGAAGCCUUACAUAAAAUGAUCGCAAAUGAACAGAAGGCUUCCCUUCCGAAUUUGUUUCAGGACAAAAACAGACCGUGUCUCAGUAACUGGCCAGAGGACACGGAUACUCUCUAUAUUGUGUCACACUUCUUUUUAGACGAAUGGCGGAAAUUUGUUAGAAAGCCUGCAAGGUCUACUCCUGUGUCAUCAAUUGGGAACUCUGCCCUUCUGUGUCCACACGGAGGACUCAUGUUUACAUUUCCUUCCCUCACCAAAGAAGACUCGAAACUUAUAGCUCUCAUAUGGCCCAGCGAAUGGCAAAUGAUUCAAAAGCUCUUUGUUGUGGAUAAAGUAAUUAAAAUCACAAGAAUUGAAGUGGGAGGCGUAAACCCUUCUGAAGUACAGUAUAUUUCUGAGCCUAAUCUCUGUCCAGAUUGCAGAGAAGGCUUGUUGUGCCAACAGCAGAGGGACCUUCGAGAAUACACCCAGGCCACCAUCUAUGUCCACAAAGUUGUGGACAACAAAAAGGUGAUGAAGGACUCCGCCCCAGAGUUGAAUGUGAGUAGUUCUGAGACAGAAGAGGACAAGGAAGAAGCUAAGCCAGAUGGAGAGAAAGACCCUGACUUUAAUCAAAGCAAUGGAGGUACCAAGCGACAGAAGACGUCCCAGCAGGGCUACGCGGCCUACCAGAAGCAGGUUAUCCGGCGGAGCACGAGGCACAGAAAGGUGCGAGGAGAGAAGGCGCUGCUGGUAUCGGCUAGUCAGACAUUAAAAGAGCUGAAGAUUCAGAUCAUGCAUGCAUUUUCAGUCGCUCCCUUUGACCAGAAUUUGUCAAUUGAUGGAAAGAUUUUAAGUGAUGACCGUGCCACCCUUGGGGCCCUCGGAGUCAUUCCUGAGUCUGUCAUUUUAUUAAAGGCUGAUGAACCAAUUGCAGACUAUGCUGCAAUGGAUGAUGUCAUGCAAGUUUGUAUGCCGGAAGAGGGAUUUAAAGGUACGGGUCUGCUUGGACAUUAAUCUUUGACCACUUGCUGACUGCCAAGGAAUAACCAGAAAGGAAGAGGAAUUUGACGUGUUAGGGCAUUAAAGGAAAAGUGGAUUUAAGAAUUAAACUAUUACCUGGCUCUUCCAAAAGGCAAAAAUCCAUUCAAAGAGACUGUCCCAAUUGCCUUAUGUCAAAUAAAGCAGAUUGCACUGAUGGGCAUCAGACGAAGGAAAUGUUUCAGAUUUUCUAUUUAAGCGGUGGUGGGAGGGAGAGGGUGAGUGAGCAGCGCAGCAGUGGAGUAAAUCAUGUUUACAUGUGAGAUUUGGAGCCGCAGGAGGGAAUAAAGUCCUGGUCAGUUUCCUACAGAUGCCCUGGUCAGUCGUGGAUUUGUGUGGAAGUGCAUGGGAUAGCAUCCUGCUCUGAACUCCAGGUGACUGUCUAGAGACACGACCUGCUAAUGAGUACCUGUCUUUGACCCUUACUCGUCUUUCAAUAAAGCAUGAAUGUGAAGAAUUUGCCACCAUGGAACAUGUCUUCAGAGCUCUACUGCAGGUCAGCCAUAGCCCUGCCGCCUGCUCGCUGUCUGUCGGUGCUGGGGAGAAGAGCACCCGUGUGCUCUCCCUCUUAAACCCGGCACUGUUUCAGUUUUCUUCCAUCAUUGCGGUGGUGGUGGGAAAUGCUCAGUUCCUAGCAGCAAAGCAAGCAUUCCCUGCACGUCUGAAGAACGGGACGGAAGAGUGCAAGCUGGACUGGCAGAAGGGGCCCUCCCGUCCUCCAGCUCCACUUUCCUCAGACCUCACUUCUCUUUGAAAAGCAUUCUUCUGACACACCGCAGAGGGACAUUUUGAAACGAGAAACGAAAGAGUAUGCGGGUGUGCUGUCUCCAACUCAGGAUCACUGUUGGUAGUGAAUAGCCUAAGCAGCACCUGUAUCUACAGGAACAAGGGUUUGAAUGGAGCAAGAGGUUGGGGUUGAAGGGCUGGGAUAAUGGUUGGCUUUUUGCAUUUUCUCUGUUGAGUCGGUGUGGAUAUGUUUGCGGCCACUUUUUUUUUUUAACCUCUAGUUUGUUUAAAUCUUUGCCUAACUGAUCUAAAAAGAGCUGAUCUCAACAUUAGCAGCAUCUUUUGACAGCCCUCUGUCAGUACUUAUGGCUGCUAGGGUAAAACUCCCAAUGUGGUGUUUGUGUUUGCAAUGACAAGUUUGUGUUCCGGAGGAGGUGAGGUGCCCUGUGCAGGGCCAGGAGAGCCACAUACCUCCCAGGAAAGUUACGCCUUCUUGUGGACACAGGGACUCAAGUGAUCCUGGUUUUCAGAUCUGUCCUCCUGAACACCACAGAAAUGGGACCAAGCCUCACUCAAAGAGUUCACUCUUUCCUAAGGCCAAGACACUCGACAGGUCAUAAGGUAUUUGACAGAUAACCUUACAAAGAAGCCCAGAACUUGUGACUCUUGGACAAAGCAUCACGAACAGGUGGUAGUGCGGAUAAAUGACAAAAGCUGUUGUUUCUCCCCCUCUUCCUGGUAUUGAAUGUGGACGAGCCAGUUGCAUAGCUUAUGUUUCUUUACAUCAUGUUAAAAUAAUAACCAUUAACUCUUGUCAGGCAGAUGCAGGUGGGGCAGACCCAGUUUCAGUGUGCUGCAGUAUGCUUCCGCCCUGACAACCUGUGUGGCUCUGCCUUGCACCCCUCACACUGCCGAGCCUUAUUAGAGCUGCAGCUCAGGUCCCAGAACAAGGCCACCCCCAAGCAGCUCGGGAUCCUUGGGCUUUGGCUUCUUCACAGCUUGAAGUAGAUAAAUUUUGGAGAAUAUGCACUUGUACUUAACAGUUGCCAUGUUUCUGCUUAUUAAUACGUGCUGUUUGGUUGUAUUUCGAGAUAGGGUGGACUUAAAGCAUAGGCUUGCUCUUCUACUGGGUUCUAAAGCUGCCUUCAGAAAUGGCAUUAAACCAGAGCAUUACACUCCAGGCUUCUUCUUUGUAUGUUUCCUUUUUGUUUUCCCAGACAGUCUCCUGUAACCCCGCUGGCCUCAGACUCACUAUGUAACCAGGAUAACCUUGAUCAUCUGAUCUUCCUACUUCCUCCCAGGUGCUGGGAUUGCAGGCAUGUGGCCACUGUGACAGAUUUCCUAAUGUGCUGAGCUGCAAGCACAGCAUCAUGCAGGCUAAAGACACAUUCUGCUUACUGACCUACAUCCCCAGCUCUCCUUUGUAUAUUUCUGAUCAUUCUUUAAUCCCAAGCAAAUGUGUAGAGUCGCCUAUGCUGAAACGAUUAUUGCCGUUACCAGAAUGUAGGCUAUCAUUUGAUGUCUUCAUUCCCUGAGAGAAAACUUCUUUUCUGUAUUUAUGAACUUUAUUGUUGAGAAUCACUGUCAACCUUUCUGCCAAAUUAAAGACACUUGUGUCUCUGUU